AUGGCACCCCCUGCAGGCUUCGCGAUAGCCGUUGAAGAUGCCUCCACAACCGUCGCCGCGGCGUUAGCGACCCUCGUAUCACCGUCCUCCAUCGUCGCCUCCCUCGCAUCAGUCGCCGCCGCAACCACGGCGACACCGACAUCAACAACACCCACCGACGCCGCCGCCGCUGUGGCCGCCCUCGUCAAGCCCUCCGAGGGCGACUGCGAGCUCCUCGGCAACUUUGCCCUCCUCGUGCAGCUGGCCCUCGGUGGCCUGGCCCUGCUCGUCCUCGUGUACAAGCGCUGGAAGGAGCGCCCGCAGCGGCCCGUCAAGAUUUGCGUCGGCACGGCAUUCACGCACAUGGGGGGUCGAGCAUAG